GCGCCCUCGGCUAAAGACCAUUGGUUGCGUAGUGGAUGUAAAGCAUCACUGUAGUUUCUAUUCGUUUUUGGGAAGUUAUGUUGCACUGAAGUUUUCCUUCCAGGAAAUUGUAUUCUUUUAAAGAACAUUAACAGAUUUUACACAUGUGCAUUUAACUGUUAUAUACGAUUAAGAACAUUUCUGAGGUGCGCGUGAGAGGAUAGGGGGUUUUCCUUACGCACAUUUGUCUAAACAGCGUUACGUUAGCUAUGUAGCACAACGUUAAACUACCAGUAUUUAGAGCUUUGAUAAACAUUGGAGCUUUAUUGAUUUUACACUCGCAGCGGUUAAGUUUUUAUUGUAUUUAAUGGUCAUUUCCGUUAAAAAUGAAUUGGGUUGGUGGUUCAAGGUAAGAGAGGAGAAUGUUUACUUACUAAAGUUAACUGCUUACUAUCAUAUAGAUACUAGCUAUGCUACAUAACAUGAACGCUAUCAACUCUCACUGCAGGAACCGGUUAGUGAUGAAGAAUAAUGCGAAAAAGCAGAAGGAGUUCUUUGAAAAGAGGAAAAUGCAACAGAAACUUAAAGACUUGGGAAUAGCCUUGCCAGUAUCUCCUCGAGGAACUAGUUCUGGUAGUAUGGACCUGAUGACUUUGUUUAUUGUCAACCAGAUUGCUGCUAAGAAAGAAAUUAAAGAUCCUCCUAAAGUGACAGUUCUUGGCAGCUAUAAAGGAGGAUCCAAGCAUAAAAGGAAUGAGCCCUUGGUGCUCCCAGUGAUCCCCUGUUCUCCUUCACAGCUGAGUCUUGUUGAUAGCCAGUCUCAGUACAGCAUUCAAGGAAUGAGAAAGAGAAAGAAUGUCAUUCCACAAGAGUUCAAGUGUCAGCAGCUGUCUCCGGUGCUGGAGUCGGCUUUCUCAGACAACAGUGCAUCUGACUACCUGCCACCCAUAGCUGACCCUCUCAGUCCCUUUUCCUCCACUUCAUCAGUUUCCUCGGGCCAAGGAGUAUUACCCCUGCAGCUGAACCUUCAGCAGAGAAGCCAAACACAGGUGCAGCCACCACCCAACUGCUCCUCUCCACCCUGGGAUACCUCAGGACUAGAGCAGGCCAAGUUUCAGCCUUUCUCCCAGCCCAGAGGUCUGACAGCCAAUAUUCCAUGGUCGUGUGGAUCAAGCCCGCCCCUCUGUGAACUGGAGACACCAACAGCAGCCCAAGUCCUGUUUGGAUGUCCAGAACCAGACAAAACUGAGGUAAGAGGCAGUGGAGGACAUGAAGUCAGGUUUGCUUUCAACCAACCAGAAGACAACGAGCCCAUGCUGGACUUCAUGCUUCAUCAGUUGGAAACUGAGCAACAGUGUGAGGAGGAUGCCUUUAAGGGCUUCAGUAAUGAAGAGAAUGAAAGAGAAGGUUUUCAUUUAGAAAGAUCAAACAUAUAUCUCCAGGAUGAAACACCAGUCCGGUCUUCAGCACCGCAAACUGUCCCUGUCUCACAUUGCAUGGGGGCAGAGCUGGCCAACACUAACAUUAACUGUUUAUAUUCUGGACACAACUCUGGUCCCAUGAAUGGCUGUGAAUAUUUGCCACAUUACACUUGUGUAGGAGAUGGUCUUAGCUCAGACUCGAAUGAUGAUGAAGAAUUCUGUCAGCCAUGCCACCAGACUUCAGGUUCUUUAUAUACUCAUCAAGCCUGGUGUGAAGAUACCCCAAACCCAAACCAGGGCUCACAGGAGAAACAACAACAAGAAACACACUCGCAGCCCAUGCCCUUUACCCCACUCAUAAAACUCACAAUGAACCUCAGAGAUGGUCAGAAAAUUAUAGAGAAUGUGGCCUGUCCAGAUAAAGCUCAUGGAAAUAAUGGCCAGCAGACAGGAAGCAGCACAGCUCAAAUUUUAUCUCCUCACCCUCUGGCUCUAACUCAGAGCUCUUGGCUUUGUAAAUACCAAAAAACAGCCAGUGAAACUCAAGAUGCAGGAACUCAAACAGUCGACAUCCCCACAGCUGAGACACGCAACGCCUCGACUCAGUGCAACAGUGUGACCAAAGCCGCUCGAUUCAACGUGUAUCUACCACCUGCUGGCAUGUUAGUACAACAUCCAGCCACAGGGAGGCAGACUGAUACUGCUGCAGUGCCAAACACACACACAGCUUCAUCAGGCAGCUCAGGGAAUGGAGGGAAGAAAAAGAAAUUCAAGUCUCAUUCCCUGUCUGGCAGCAGCACUAUAAACAAAUUCAGUGACGGCAUAGUGAUCCUAAAAUGGCCCAUAACCCCCUUAGUAGAUGCUCAGAGCAUUACUGACAGCAGAGAUUUUGGUAAGAAGAGUGGAGAGAGCAGAGAAGAGAGAGGGCAACAAGAAGAUGGUUCUAUGAUGAAGGACCUCUCAAAUGAAGUGAGAAAUGAGGUCACACCUGCCACCAGAGUUAACGGACUCUUAGAAGAGGCCAACACUCCAUGAAAUAGCCGACAUUUUGCUCCUGCUCAAGCAGAGGAAGAAGGAUGUAUAAAGGCAAUAGGAAAUAAAAAAAAAAAUACA